UGUGAGAACGCGCUGGCAAUCAAUUCCUUGGCCGCCGUGGGGAAAAGUCCCCAAGCGGUUUGCAGACUGUCUGCCAAGCUGCCCGAAUUCGGAGGAUUCUCUUUCGUGCCAUAGACAGACCAGCGCCUAAGUUUCCCUGCAUUCUCGCCCAUAAGCUGCAGUGGUCUAGCCCACCGACUGACACCUCAACAUGGACCGUCGUCGCCACUCGCACCACGAUGGCCCGCAGAACCCUCCGCCACGGCAACCGCCAAUCAGUCCAGCCAGAGGACGGUCGGUCACUGACACUGCUCCAGAUCACUCGACGACGGGACAUCACCACCAUAACCCUCUUCGCUUCACAACCCGGUCCUCGACAUUUCACCAGAGCCCGACCCCGAACCCUUUCGCUCGCAAAGGGCCUCCUGUCCAGCCUCGCCGGCCGGUGAGCUUUCUCGACACUAGCAAGCAGGGCGCUCAAAAUCGGACGGCCGCUGGCGCUGGUGAGCCCGACUCCCCGUCGCGCGCCACCGAUAACUCUCAUGCUCCCUUUGCACAGACAACUCCACAACGUCCAGGGGAACACCAUGCUCAGGGGACACCCCCAAUCCAGUCUACUCCGACCCAGGAAGAUUCUCCUUUCAGGUUCAUGUCACGGAAGGCCACCGUCGAAAAGCUUCGGGCUUGGCGGGAACGGGCUCGCACGGCCAUGCAGAGCACCGACGAUCUCGGAAGAACAUCCGAGGAUUCGCUCGAAGACGUGUCCGGAGAGAGUCCAGAGGGCAUGUUUGUCAGUGGCAGUGACACCGGAUAUCCUGAGCCCAUGUUUGCGGAUCUGGAGGUGAAGCUACUCAAGACCGUUCCGUUUCUGAAGCAGAGGUGGUACGAUUGGCAGAACGUCAAAAUGAAAUCUUUCCGGGGUCCGCCCAUCCCUGGCCACCGAAAAGAUGCGCACGAGUUUGAAAUUACUCACAAACCGUCUGGAACUCAUUGGAUGUUGAGCGCCAGGCCCAAGGACUUCCAUCGUUUCUCGGCCCUCCUCUGCGAGCCUAAUCGACACACUGACUUUCGGUUUCGAUCAAUUCAGAAGCAUCUUAGGAACAGGUGCAAAAAGAGCCCUACCCAUCUAGAACAGCUUAAGGUGCAGGCCAACCCGCAAAGGAGCACUUCUCAGGAGCGCGAGGCGUUUGAUGAGAAAGCUGAAGAAGCCGAUACCGAUAACCGCUUCCACCGUCCUACCGGCCCGACCCCGCUCCCGAAAGGAGCUGACAAGUCAGAAAAGAACGGAGAGGAGCUGGUGAACUUCCUUCGUCGCAUCUUGAAGGAAGUGAAGGAACCGUGGAACAUUUUGGGAGAGGAUGAGCAUGCCGUUGAAGAACGUCGGAGGGGUAUGGUUGUCUGUGGCUUCAUCGAACUGUCUCGAACAAGUCUUAUCGGAACAUGGGAGAAUGGCGUCAAGGGCAAGGAGGGCUGGGCACGGAAGCGCAGAGGCGGUCGCAAGAAUGACGUCUUUUGCUUCCCGGACUUCCUAGUACCCCGGCGAUCGCAACGACGUUGGCUCGCUUUGCGGUCCAACUACCUGCUGUAUUUCUACAGUCCCAUGGAUAUUACCCCUCAGGAACUGAUGCUCAUCGAUGGCUAUUUCCAAGUGCUUCACAAGGAUACGCAACGAAAAGAGGUGGAUCUUCGGCCGUACGAUGAGGACCCGGCGGGGUCAAAGGAAGACCGUGUCAACACUCGACCAGGAGGCCGUCAGCACCAUGCUGUCCGCAACGCAUUGCUGUUACGACCCUUCAACAAACGCACAAACGAAAUCUGGGUUCGCGAGAAACAUCACUUGGCCAUCCUCAACGGAUUCCGUGAUCUCCUGAUUGACUUUCACUACAGAGUUGGAGGGCGCGGACGUGCCCGUGUUGCACGUGAAUGGGCAUCUCAACUUGAAUUCCGUCGCCAGAUGACCACCUGGUACAGAGACGUACAGGCUGACGUCGGUCGCUAUGACGCCUUUGCACCCGUGCGAUACGGCCAGUCAGAGCAGCAUGUGCGCUGGUUGGUGGACGGCAGCUCUCACUUUGAACAAGUCUACGAUGCCAUCUUCAACGCCGAAAAGGAGAUCUUGAUCGCCGAUUGGUUCUUGACGCCGGAGAUCUUCCUACUGCGUGCGCCGGAUGGUGUUCACCCCGAACAUCUCGGAUCGAGGUUGGAUCGCCUUCUCUUCCAAAAGGCAAACCAAGGAGUGCGCAUUUUUAUCUUGCUAUACAAGGAGAUGAAUCUGCCAAACGCCUCUCUCCACGCGAAAGAAGAGCUAACGGGCCACAGAGACCCAUACUUUUACCUUGACGAGUCGGUUGAGGAUCCCGACGGUGAACUGCACCUCAAGAACAAGUCAAACAUUGUGUUACUUCGACACCCCGACCAAGGCAGAGGAUUCAUCGGCCCUGUUCUCGAUUCCGUCAUGUGGGCUCAUCACGAGAAAGCGGCUGUCAUCGACAGGAAGAUUGCCUUCAUUGGAGGAGUCGAUCUCUGUGUAGGACGCUAUGACACGGCGGAGCAUCCGUUGCGUGACGAUGUCUUGUACAACUCGAAGGGAGAAGUCGAACCACCGUCCCCGUCCUCGCCAGGAAGACACGUCUUGGAUGAAGGGUUCAGAAUGAGCGGGGAACAUAACAUGGUGGACUGUCCAUCGAUUACCCAUACCGUGGGCAAUAAGUUGGACGAUGCGGUAUCAAACAUCGUGCGACCCAUUUUCGAAGAGCCCGAAGAAGAAGAACAAGACGGUCAUGCAGGCGUGCCGAAUGGUGUGCAGCGUUCUUCGUCCGGCUCGGAGCCGUCGAAACAAGUACGAUUCAAUACAGAUGCGAACGGAGCGUACCAUGACGAAGGCAUGCCACCACGCGGCGAGCUUGUUGAGUUCCAGGGUCGCAGCGCUGAUGCGAUCCACCGACACUCCGUAAAGGGAUCAUCGUCAAAACCGAUCUUGAACUUGUUCCCUGGGCAAGACUAUAGCAACCCGCGUGUCAAAGAUUUCUUCAAGCUGGGCGAGAAGAUCACUGAGGACGUCAUUUCGCGGGAUUACACUCCGCGGAUGCCAUGGCAUGACAUUGCAUGCACCUUCCGCAAACCUCCAGGGGAGGAAAAUGUGGAGGGCCCCGUGGACGAUCUUGUGUGGCAUUUCAUCCAGCGAUGGAACUUCGCCAAAUGGGAAAAGAAGAAGCAGAAUGUCAAGGUGCCGUGGCUGUAUCCCAGUCAGGGUCUGACAAACUCUCCGACUGAGGAGGAAGCGAAGGCCAAAUCCUUUACGGGUCGGCUGCAAGUCUUGCGAUCGGCGUCUCAAUGGUCGGCCGGCUCUCCUCGCGAAAAAUCGAUCAACAGGGCGUACAUUGAUCUCAUCCAUAAGGCGAAACAUUACGUGUAUAUCGAGAACCAAUUCUUCAUCUCGAAAUUUUCGCCGCCUACCGAACACAUCGAAGCUACAUCGACGGACUCCCGUCAGGAUCGAGGAUCACCACAGCAUUCAGGCCCCAAACAACAACCUCAGAACGAAAGCAGCUGCAUCCCCUGGCGCCAGAAGAAGCACGGCCAGAUGUUUACGAUCUCUGGCGUGAGAAUUCGAAACCCUAUCGCUGCGGCCAUAGUCGAACGUAUCCUCCGGGCUCACAAAGCCGGAGAAACUUUCCGGGUCUACAUCGUUAUCCCGCUCUUUCCCGCUUUUUAUGGUGAUGUGCUGAAAGGCGAUACGGAUCCUGCCCUCCCAUUUGUGCUGUCUGCACAGACAGAGUGCAUUCGAGGCGUCUUUUCGGAGCUGGCCAAGGGCGGUGUCACGCAGGAGGAGGCGAGGAAGUACAUCAUUUUCACUGGAUUGCGCAAAUGGGAUAUCCUUGGGAACCGCAUUGUCACUGAGCAGAUUUACAUCCAUGCCAAGCUGAUGAUUGUCGAUGAUCGUCAUGUCUUGAUUGGAAGUGCAAAUAUCAACGACCGAUCGCAGAUGGGAUCGCGGGACUCGGAACUAGCCAUCCUCGUCACCGACACACAACCUUUCGAAGGCACCAUGGAUGGCAAGCCUGCGCAAGUGUGUCAUUUCGCUAGCUCCUUGCGUCUGCGGCUCUUCCACGAGCACCUCGGCAUCCCCUUCCCGCCCGGCCUCCGCGACGUGCAUGAUCCCCGCGCUGAUCGCACAAGCAAGAGCAGCAGCGGUUCCUCAUCCGAACAAGUGCUAGGAGGUCCAAGCGGUACAUCAUCCAUCGAAGUCGUUGAGAAGCGCAUUUUGGACCCCAUCUCGUCGGUGUGCUGGGAUAUGUGGCACGCACGCAUUGACACAAACACUCUCGCUAUGCGCCAUGUCUUCCACUGCGUCCCCGACGAUACCGUGCGCACCUGGAGUCAGUACGAGAAGUUUGCACCGAGCCCGGACACAACCUCGGACGGAACGGAACUCGAUGGGGUUGAUAUCAACAGCGUCGUGGCGGACUUCAAGAUCAAAGAAGUGACACAGCAAGAAGCUCACGAGCUGCGAGGGAAUGCUGUCGCAAAACCGAACGACCCGCAGACCCACGAUGACGAUUACGACGUGUCUGCGAAUGGAUCUGGCUUGUGUUUGAUCGAAGAGAACCCGGAUCCCAAGGCUGUUCGCCCGGCAUUGGAUGUCUUGCGGGAGAAUGUGAGAGGACAUGCGGUUCGCUUCCCUGUACACUUUCUGGAGGGAGAGCAGCUGUCCAAUCUGUUCAGAGGCGUUCACAAGCUUGCACCUCGUAGGGUAUUCACGUAGUCGAGGGGUAUCGUACAUAUUCCCACCCGUUGUUCUCGAUCCGCGUUUUUGGAAAAUUCCCACUCAUCCUCUGCGACGGCCCUAUCUCACUGUUCUUGAUGGCCGCGAGAGGGCAAGUCGAAUCCCCCUGUAUCAUUUUCGACCGUUGGCGUCAUUGAUUAGAUAAAUCUGGUUUCCAU